CUGGUCUUCAAAAAUAAAAGAAAAUCAACCGAGAAGUACUAAAAAGAUCCGCCAUCUUCAAAAAAUAAGUUAAUAUAAACGGAUAUUGCAAAAACAAUAUAAUGUAAAUAAUACGAGUGAAUACAAAUUGUUGGUAAUUGUAUAUAUUUUCGCAUUAUCAAACUUUUGAAUCUAGUGUUAGCUUACACAUAUAUAAAUAAAUAAAAAAUUCAUAUCAAAACUGAGAAAAUAUAAAAAUUAUCGUGCUAUAUGCAAAGAAAAGUAAGUACCAAAAAAUUGGGGAAUGUUGAAAACAGAUAUACGCCAUCAACUUUGGUUGACAAGAAAAACCUUUCAAAGAAGAUUAGGAGGAAAGGAAGAUGACUGUGUUGUUGCUUCUGAUUCAGAGUUAGAUGCAAAAAUAGAACUUUUUAAAUUUAUACAAAUAGAAGGAAAUAUAUUGUAUAGAAUAAUUGACCAAUAUCAAGAAAGAAUUUGCAUAUUAGCUCAAGAAGAGAACUCUUUAGGUAGAUUUUUGAAGGAAAGUGGCAAGCAUAGUCAAACAACUGACGGAGUUAUGAUAAAUUGUGGAAAAUCUUUUUCAUACUGCGGACAAGUACGAUUCCUUAUCCGACCACCAUUACUAAGGUUUUUUAACGAAAUUGAAGUUUUUACAAGAAGAGCAGUUGCAGACACAGAGAGUACAAUUACUCUAAUGGAGAAACAACGCACCAACUAUAGAGCUUCUUUAAGUUGGAUGAAAUCUGUUAGUAACAUGCUGGAUCCAGAUUCUAAUCGAAUGUUAGAAAAAUUUCGAGUAGCUCAAACACAAGUUCGUCAAACCAAAGAAAGGUUCGAUAAAUAUUCAUUAGAUUGUCUCCAAAAGAUAGAUCUUCUAGCAGCUUCUCGAUGUAAUAUGUUUUCUCACAUUUUAAUUAGCUACAUGGAAAAUUUACAAGACUUCUUCAUAAAAUCUACCGACACGCUUAGGAUCUUAUCAUCCGCUCUUGCUCAAGACUCCAAUUACGGAUUUGAUAUUUUGAAAGUUCUGUCAAAAACACAGAAUAAUUAUAAAGAGCUGAAAAAUUUUUUACAAUGUCCAGAAAAGGAUGAAUCUAAUAAUAAAUUGAAUUCACCACUGUUUUGUGACGCUGGACAUAAUUAUGGUUCUGAUAGAAGUAAUGAUGACAUUCCCUGUGUCUUAUUAGAUGACAUAUCUUUUAAUUUUUUUGAGAUAUCUAAUGAAUUUAAUAAUGAAAUUAGCUUGAAACCCGUAACAGAAAACGUUGAAAGCAAUAAUGACACCGCAUUCAAUCAUUUUGCACAGCAACCAUCAGCGUCAAAUGAAAACUCACGUCACAGUAGUGAUGCCACCCUUUUUAUUUCUAACUACGUAAAGCGUACUGUUGACCAGAACGAUUCAAAGAUGCACAAAAAUAUCAAAAACUGUUCUUGGUUUGAUUUAUUUUCUGAGCUUGAUCCAUUGGCAAAUCCAGAUGAUAUGACCAAGCAAUUUGGUGGAAAAGUUGCAGAUACACAAGCAGCUUAAAUUUAGUUAAUGAAAGAUCUUAGCAUGAAGUUAUUCUUAUAAUAUGAAAUGAAUGUAUUUACAAUAAAUUUUGAAACAUAAAUUUAGCCGUAUUUUAAUCUUAUUCUGAAAAUAAAAGAAGGUGUAAUAAUGAAAUUUAUUUUUGUCUAUUUAUCUAGAUUAGAUUUAAUUUAGUGAAACUCAACCAUAACAGUCUUAAAAUAAUAAACUCUAAAAACAA